AAGAUCAAGCGGUCACCACUGCUGGGGUCCCAGCACCAGCCAUAUCUGCUGAAGCAGCCCACCUUUGGCUUCACUGUCCAUUGGACCUUCUCAGACUCCAUCACGGUUUUCACGGGCCAGUGCUUUGUGGAUGAGGAUGGAAAGGAGGUGUUGAAGACCAUGUGGCUGCUGAGGUCACACGCGGACAAACGCAUAGAUGACUGGAAAGCCACCUUGGUCGGCUACAACGAAUUCAAGCGCCUGGAAAAGCACAUGGAGCCAGGGUGGUAGAACUGGAGUUCCCAGAGAGGAGUCAGUGCCAGGCUUGUAGCCCUUCCUCCUGCCUCAGGCCCCGCUUCUCCCAAUAAAGCUCUGCUGCAAACAUA